AUGGCGGACCUAGAAGCGGUGCUCGCCGAUGUGAGUUACUUGAUGGCGAUGGAGAAGAGCAAAUCUACUCCAGCGGCCCGAGCCAGCAAGAAAAUUAUCCUCCCUGAGCCCAGUAUUCGCAGUGUGAUGCAGAAAUACCUUGAAGAGAGAGACGAACUGACGUUUGACAAAAUUUUCAACCAGAAAAUUGGCUUCCUGUUGUUCAAGGACUUUUGUUUGAAUGAAAUUGACGAGGCAGUGCCCCAGCUCAAGUUCUACGAAGAAAUUAAGGAGUACGAGAAGCUGGACUCGGAGGAGGAGAGGCUAAGCCGCAGCCGGCAGAUUUACGACGGCUACAUCAUGAAGGAGCUCCUGUCCUGUUCACAUCCAUUUUCCAAGAAAGCAGUGGAUCACGUACAAAGUCAUCUGGCAAAGAAGCAAGUUCCUCCAACUCUUUUUCAGCCAUACAUUGUUGAGAUUUGUGACAGCUUGAGAGGGAAGAUCUUCCAAAAGUUUAUUGAAAGUGACAAAUUCACUCGUUUUUGCCAGUGGAAGAAUGUGGAGCUCAAUAUCCAUCUGACUAUGAAUGACUUUAGUGUGCAUCGGAUAAUCGGCAGAGGAGGCUUUGGGGAGGUGUACGGCUGCAGGAAGGCCGAUACAGGGAAGAUGUACGCCAUGAAAUGUUUGGACAAGAAGAGAAUUAAGAUGAAACAGGGGGAGACUCUGGCGCUCAAUGAAAGAAUUAUGCUGUCACUCGUUAGCACAGGGGAUUGCCCAUUCAUUGUAUGUAUGACCUACGCCUUUCACACCCCUGACAAGCUAUGCUUCAUUCUGGAUCUUAUGAAUGGAGGUGACCUGCAUUACCACCUUUCUCAACAUGGAGUAUUCAGUGAGAAAGAGAUGCGUUUUUAUGCAGCUGAAAUAAUCUUGGGACUGGAACAUAUGCACAAUCGUUUCGUUGUCUACAGAGACCUGAAGCCAGCUAAUAUCCUGUUGGACGAACAUGGACAUGUUCGCAUCUCUGACUUGGGACUGGCUUGUGAUUUCUCAAAGAAGAAGCCCCAUGCCAGCGUAGGUACGCACGGUUACAUGGCUCCGGAGGUCCUGCAGAAGGGAACGGCGUACGACAGCAGUGCCGACUGGUUCUCUUUAGGCUGCAUGCUCUUCAAACUGCUCCGAGGACACAGCCCUUUCAGGCAGCACAAGACCAAAGACAAACAUGAGAUUGACCGCAUGACACUCACCAUGAACGUAGAGCUACCGGACUCGUUCACUGCAGAGCUCAAAGACCUGCUGGAGGGUCUUCUGCAGAGGGAUGUAUACAAGAGGCUUGGCUGCCAAGGACAGGGAGCCCAAGAAGUAAAGGAGCAUCAGUUUUUCAAAGGCAUUGAUUGGCAGCAAGUGUAUUUGCAAAAGUACUCCCCUCCAUUAAUUCCUCCCAGAGGAGAAGUAAACGCUGCUGAUGCUUUUGACAUAGGUUCUUUUGAUGAGGAGGACACCAAGGGCAUCAAGUUGUUGGACAGUGACCAGGAACUGUACAAGAACUUCCCCCUGGUCAUAUCGGAGCGCUGGCAGCAGGAGGUGGCAGAGACCGUUUAUGAAGCAGUGAAUUCCGACACGGACAAGAUCGAGGCUCGCAAACGAGCCAAAAACAAGCAACUAGGCCACGAGGAAGACUACGCUUUUGGGAAAGACUGCAUAAUGCACGGCUAUAUGCUGAAGUUGGGGAACCCCUUCCUAACCCAGUGGCAGCGCAGAUACUUCUACCUUUUUCCAAACCGCGUAGAAUGGAGAGGGGAAGGUGAAUCGCGGCAAAACCUGCUGACGAUGGAGCAAAUAGUGACGGUGGAAGAAACGCAGAUAAAAGACAAGAAAUGUAUCCUCCUGCGCAUCAAAGGCGGCAAGCAGUUCGUCCUGCAGUGUGAGAGCGAUCCGGAGUUUGUGCAGUGGAAAAAAGAGCUGACCGAAGCGUUUACAGAGGCACAGAAGCUGCUGCGUCGCGCCCCCAAAGUCAUCGGCAAAGGCAGAGCCGGAGUGGUGGAGCUGUCCAAACCUCCCCUCACACACCGCAACAGUAACGGCUUGUGA